AGUGUCGGAACCGGCCGCCUCCCGCGCGCGCCGAGCGGCCUCCGCGCCCGGUCCCCGCGCCGCCCCGCCGCCCGCCCGCGCCCCACCCCGCCCCGCCCCGCCGCGGCCCGUCCACUGCUCCUCGCGGGCCCGAGCCGCGAGGCUCUGCACGGCGCGGCGGGGCCGGGACCAGCCAUCCGCCAAGGAGAGCGGCGGCCCGGGACGGCUAUCGGAGGGGCGGCCGCACGUGGAUGCAGUGGGCGCCGGAAGGUUUGCGCAGCCGGUGCUGUCUUUGCCCCCGGGCGCCCUAUGGCUUGAAGAGCCCUGUCACCCAGUGGCCCCACUGCCCUGAUGGAUCCCCUCAAUCUGUCCUGGUACGAUGAUGACCUGGAGAGGCAGAACUGGAGCCAACCCUUCAACGGGUCGGAGGGAAAGUGGGACAGGCCCCACUACAACUACUACGCCAUGCUGCUUACGCUGCUCAUCUUCAUCAUCGUUUUCGGCAACGUGCUCGUGUGCAUGGCUGUGUCCCGUGAGAAGGCACUGCAGACCACCACCAACUACCUGAUCGUCAGCCUCGCUGUGGCUGACCUUCUCGUUGCCACGCUCGUCAUGCCCUGGGUGGUCUACCUGGAGGUGGUGGGUGAGUGGAAAUUCAGCAGGGUUCACUGUGACAUCUUCGUCACUCUGGAUGUCAUGAUGUGCACAGCUAGCAUCCUGAAUCUGUGUGCCAUCAGCAUUGACAGGUACACAGCUGUGGCCAUGCCUAUGUUGUACAACACACGCUACAGCUCCAAGCGCCGAGUCACCGUCAUGAUCGCUAUUGUCUGGGUCCUGUCCCUCACCAUCUCAUGCCCACUGCUGUUCGGCCUCAACAAAACAGACCAGAAUGAGUGCAUCAUCGCCAACCCCGCCUUCGUGGUCUACUCCUCCAUCGUCUCCUUCUACGUGCCCUUCAUCGUCACCCUGCUCGUCUACAUCAAGAUCUACAUAGUCCUGCGCAAACGCCGCAAGAGGGUCAACACGAAGCGCAGCAGCCGAGCCUUCAGGGCCAACCUGAGAGCACCGCUCAAGGGCAACUGUACUCACCCUGAGGACAUGGCACUUGGCACGGUUAUUAUGAAGUCUAAUGGGAGUUUCCCAGUGAACAGGCGGCGAGUGGACGCUGCCCGCCGAGCCCAGGAGCUAGAGAUGGAUAUGCUCUCCAGCACCAGCCCACCCGAGAGGACCCGUUACAGUCCCAUCCCGCCCAGCCACCACCAACUGACCCUCCCCGACCCGUCCCACCAUGCCCUCCACAGCACCCCCGACAGCCCCGCCAAACCAGAGAAGAACGGGCAUGCCAAAGACCACCCCAAGAUUGCCAAGAUCUUUGAGAUCCAGACCAUGCCCAACGGCAAAACUCGCACCUCGCUCAAGACUAUGAGCCGCAGGAAGCUGUCCCAGCAGAAGGAGAAGAAAGCCACCCAGAUGCUUGCCAUCGUCCUCGGUGUGUUCAUCAUCUGCUGGCUGCCCUUCUUCAUCACCCACAUCCUGAACAUACACUGUGACUGCAACAUCCCGCCUGUGUUGUACAGCGCCUUCACAUGGCUGGGCUACGUCAACAGCGCCGUGAACCCCAUCAUCUACACGACCUUCAACAUCGAGUUCCGCAAGGCCUUCCUGAAGAUCCUACACUGCUGACUCUGUGCCCGCCUGCCCAGCAGCCUGCUCCCUGCCUCCCUGCCCAGGCUGCAGGGCUUCUUUGCUUUGAGCCAGUGGGCAGCUAGGCCAGGGU